UAGCCGUGUUUUAUUAUUAGGCAAUCCCUGGCGCCCCGCCGAUCCAAAUAUGGCAACCAAAGUGAAGCCACAUGGAAUUAGCGGGCCGUUUUCCUGUUGCCCACAACGGCUAGCUGGAUUGAUCUGCUAGCCAAACUGGUGCAAGCGACUGGCUGCUGCUAUUUUUACCGGCGACCGACCCCAACGCGAACGAAACUACUUGUGCGGGGGUUGCCGCAAAAGGGCCACAGACGUCGCGUCGAUCGCUUUAUUUUUAUUUGUUCGCGGUUAUGGCAGACGACAUUUCGGAGGAUAUUUGCGACGACUGGGAGGAUAUGGUGGAAAAUGGCGAGAGAAACAAAUUUCCUUUUGGAUCUGCCUGCGCGUUUGGUGCCCGCGUUUGUGCCUUGUGUGUGUUUUCGGAUCACUAACGUGCGCUGUCAUGUCCAAUCAGGUGCUGGAGAAGAAGUUGGAAAGGUUAAAGGUGAAAACAAACUCCGCAAACAGUAACAACGCGAAUCCUCCGGCGAGCGGCGUCGGCGGGGCUGGUGUCGGCGAAGUGGCCGUGAUGCCGCGUGUUCUGCUGGAAGACAGUGUUCGGACGCAGUACACGCCGGCCGUGAAGAUUCUGAAACGGCCCCCAGACGCGAUCCGGUCCGGUGGGAGCGUCAAUGGCACCGGUUCUGAGAAGUCGCCCAACCGGCAGCCUGUCAAGAGCCUACAACAGCGCGAAGCCGAGUACGCCGAGGCGAGGCUGCGGAUACUGGGCUCAGCUCGCAGCGAAGAUGACGGCCAGAAAGAAAAGUCAUCCGGCGUAAGUGUCUUGAACCACGUAGUGACUGACCAACAGCAGGUUCCCAUCCGUCAACCACGAGGCCCCGACCAGGGAUCCAAUGGCUUCCAACAGCCGCGGAGGUAGCCCUGGCUUUGGACGCUGCCGUUAGAUCCUCCAGCGUGUGACCCUCGCCUCCUCCUAUCACCGGCUUGCUGACAUUGGGUGCGCUUCACGCUUGCUGCUGCUUAUGGACCUUAUGUUCACAACGUGGGAACCCAGAAAAUGAAGAAAAAAAAAGAGAAUGACGCGGUCCCCUUUCUUUUAUGUCUUUUGCUAUCAUUAAUCUUUUUUUUUUUUUUUUUCGUGACAUGCGUGCAUCACAGAUGUCGUCGUGUCCCCGAGUAGCUUGAGGUAUUAAGAGAGUUCACUGGUGCAGCAUGGCCAGCAUUGUGACUCGGUAAUGAAAGCAGGUGCAAGUUACUCGGUGCCGUCGCUGUAUUAAGAUGCUUCUGCAUGCCACAUUGGCAGUCAAACCUUCUUGACACUACUGGUGAGAGGCUUAAUGGUGAAAAGAUGUUGGAGCAAAUCGUUACUGAUAUUGAUAAAAGAAUUUUUGAAGAAUGGUGAACGUUUGAUGUGUGGGGCAGCCCUCAGUUUUGCCACGGCUACCCAGUGGCACCGAUGGAUGCUGAAUGUCUUCCACGCAGCCUGCUGUGCUUGCAAUCAAUGGCUGCCAUCCACCAACGGUGCCAGACUGUGUUGCUACACACCGCUGUUGUCCUGUAGCAGGGCUGGUGUGGGUUGGUGGGUAGUGACUUAGCGCAUGUAGCUUUCAAAAGAAGAGAAGAGUGUGCUCCGGCUUGACGAAAGUGCUUCUUGCAUGCGUAACAUUUAUUUUUCCCCUUUUUGCCUCCUAGCACAAGACGUUUUUGAAUGAACAAAUGCACAGUUAUUGCAUUUGUUUUUCUACCCUCCUCCAGGCCGCCACGGCAAACAGGCGAGUGUGGUGGCUGUGUCGACAUCAAUGAAUGUAUAAAAGAAUCACGAGCUUUGCAGCAAAAAUUGAUUGCGUCCUGGCCUUUAGUAUUGUGUGUUUACGUGUUGGAUGUUGGUCUGGCUUGCUUGAUUGCAAUAGUCUGUCGGACUGCCAAGCAAUGUCACUUUCAGAAUGCAUGCUGUGAGGGCCUUGUUUCUUUUGCUACCUCCCAUAUUCUUUUCUUUAUUUUUUGUCUUCUCAUGUAGUGGUGUAGUCUGUUUCUGUAAUGCCUCUCGGUGUUGUUCUUGGUUGGAGCAUUUCAUUUGGUUUGUGUUUUGCUUUUUUUCCUUCCCGUUUCAUCUACUUGAGGGCUGUGAAGAUGAAGUGUUGCAUCAACCUGCAUGCCAGCAGCAUCAUAUUUAAGUUAUUUGUCAAGGAUUUGUCUUAAAUUAGAGCAACACACAGAAAGCGAGAAAUGAAAGACAAGUUGUGGAAAAUACGGAAGGAAGGUAGGGCUGCGUUGGGGCAUGAUUUUUUAGCGAUGCCUAUUUCCUAUGCUGUUAUCUUUCACGCUUUUCACACUUUGUCAGUGGUCUGAGUGGCGCUCUGUCUGCAUUAUGAUUGGGAUUAGCCGGCCGUGAACAGUGCAUGAUGAACGUGGCAUGGAAUCGAGUAGAAGACAUCGCUGCAGAAUUGCCACUUUGCUGUCCUUUUGUCUCUUGAUUGUGCUGCUCUAGCCGUAUGCAUGCCAGUAGUGUGGCCUUCAGUAUUGGUGCUUGCACUGUGAAAAAAAUGUAGAAAACCUUCACAGCUUACUUUUGCCGCAGAACAAUACUUGUCAUCAAUAUUUUGUGCAUGCACUUUGUGUAAAGCAUUGCAUCCCCUAAUUUGCGGUCAGGAAUGUUUGUCAUGCCGAGACGUAUGUGAUGAUCUUGGCUGGAAACUAAACGAAAUGCGGCAGGGAAACUCAGAAUAGAACACUUUGUAUAGGCAAUUACUCGCGAGAGUAUUAUGUCGUGUCGCUACAAAUCUGGUCACUAAAGGUGAUGCAGACUUUCAUCUGAGUGUAUGGGCAAGCAUUAUGAUGCUGCAAUGUGAACUGUGGACCGUGGAAACGGAAGCCUGCGCAUUAGUUUGCUUGCUUUAAGUUAACAUGUUUCGUUUGAUAAGCACUGUACAGGUUUUGCAGUGUUAAAAGAAAAUGCAUGCAGGACUGGUGAUGAUAGCAGGGCAAAAUUGUACCCUAAGUCACAUACAGUUUUCAAGGGCAUAGAGAGUUGAAGUACUGCCCCAGAGAAAGUGGCUAAUGGCAUUAAAUGUCUAAAUGUCUAACAUAUUAGGCUUUUAAUGCCAUUAUUUUUGAAGUGAGUGGCUCAUGCACAUUUUAUAGCUGCAAAGUGUGAAAAACAUGGAUACGAGGUGAAAGAAAGGACAGGACGAGCACUGACGGGACAUUGUCAUUCUGUCCUGUCAUCUCUGGUCCACAUUUCUUUCACGCUGUGCAGCUAAUGUUGUACAAAUUCUCCUAAGCCUCAGUGCAUCUCAACAUGCGCACUGUUAAUGCUAUUGAACGGCACGUAUGGUACCUGCAGUUUGUGCUGCAAGUUAUUUUGCAAUCGUAAUUGUUAAAAGAAAAGAUCUGUAUACGGCUCAGGCACGGAAGUUGGGAACGAGAGUACAGAUCCAAUGGCACACUGCUUUGUGUGAACUAAACACUUUUAAUUGCAUCAUGUUUUGAUGUAAUUAAAUUUACCCCACGCCAAGGUGUAAACAGUGUACGAAGUUUAAGCACAAAGCACUUGAUGCCAGUAAUUUUGUGUGUAGGCCAGACAAAAUUAGCGUCCACCAUGUGCAGCUGGGCCAACCAAGCAAUGUUUGUGGCUUGGCAUCUGGUGAGAACGGAGACCUCAUGUCAAUUUGCUGGUUCCUUUAGUGGUUUGGGGUGCCACCUCUUGGUGAAGGCUUGCCAACGUGUUGCUUGAUGUUUGUCAUUGCACAGAUAUGGGUCGCCUCUCUAGGUAUGUGUUGAAAGCCUUUACACAGAAUUAAAAGAUUGAUGAUGAAUCGAUUGCAGUAUUUCCACACCAGUGUGUGGAGAUUAACCAGCUGUUUAGACAGACGAAAUGGUGUCAAUAUGAAGAGUAUGCAAACUGCAAGCAAAAAAAGAAAACAAGUGUUGAUCAAGGAACACAGUCUACUUGCAGCAGUUUAAACUGAUCAUUGAAAACUUCGUUGUGUUUAAACAAGUUUUGGUCUUCUGUAUUUUUAAAGCUUAGCCACGUGGCCCAAAUUAUUCAUUUAGACUAUAAUAUAAUGCAGCUGAAACUGCCUAAUUAAAGGACAUUUGUAGCCACGAAUUGUCAGCGCACACCCAAGUUUGAUGUUGACUUUGCUGUGUAUAUUGACAAGUGCCGCAGACAUGUGGAUUUCGCCGACAUCCCUUAUUGUCUUUGUCACCAUUUGUCACCUAUUGUCACCACACUAAUGAGAGACAUGUUUCUCUCUUUUCUCUUUUCUGUUUUUUUGUGCAUCUAUUCUAUAUGAAAAAUCGAGCUUUGUUUAAAUCUUGCAUGUAGUCGAAUUUACAUGGGGAUUGGGGUACCUACAAAUUGUACAACAUAAUACACAGAAGAUAUAUAAAUAUAUAUAUAUAUAUACACAUAUAUUAUAUACACAUAUGUAUGUUUACAUGUAUAUGUACAUAUAUACAAAAAUGAAUCUUGUUUCAAGCUGCCUGCCCUUGCAUUGCGUAAAAUAUGUGUAUGUGUACAUAUUCAUAGGUAAGUGUACAUACUUCUAACAGUUUAUUCUUUAUGGUGGUGUGUGAAGAGAGGGCAGCGUGUGUUAUUUGUUUGCAUUUCUUGUGAGCAUACCUGCAGAGCAUAGUUCACCCUGCCUCCUGACCUGUAUUAUUUUUCUCGCUAGCAUUGUAUUUCAGAAUUGCUCUCACCCCCCCCCCCCCCCCCCAAUCUUUCUUUUUUCUUAGAUGAAGAAAGAAAGGCUUCGUAGUAGGAAAUUCUACUUACAAACUGCACUAACUAGUGUGUGAUAGUUUGUUUUCAAGCUUUCUUUGAUACCUGCCACUUGUCCCAGUGCUUGGCUGCAGUGCGAGCAUAUCGCACAAGCCACAGCUGACGUAGAAGCCCCCAGCCACCAUAAGAACUGUGUAGCCAAGCUUGGCAUGGUCACAAAAUUGGUGCAUGCAGACGGGGACUUGUUACAAUUGAAAAACGUGUUCAGCAUUCUGACUGCAGUGCCAGGCUGCUUUUGUGCGCCGUGGUAUUGUUUAAACUGAUUUAAAACAAAAUAUUUGCUUGGAGAACAAUGUGCAAGGAUCUGCUGCUCUGCGAUUGCACUGCAUUGAUAGCGUGUUCAGCUCUGCAGAGUUAUUGCACUGUGAUUAAGGGGGAGCGGGCACUGUAAGCUCUAUAAAACUGUGCAUCCCUACUACAUCUUGUGUUGUGUACAGUGAGGAGAUCAAAGACAUGUUUACGUGCAAGGUGUUUGCUGUAGAGGAUGUGCACUUGUGUGACAUUUGUAUAAAGGCUUUUCUUUUUGCUCA